AUGAUUGCUGAUUCAUAUUUUAUUAAACUAUUACUGCGGCAGUACAAGACAAACGAUGUACAGCAUUUACUAUUCGUCUUCAUCAGCAUACUAACUAUAGUUAGCUUCCUGCAAUGGCUGAUUAAGUUGUACAGUGAAUUGAGAAAAUUACCACCGGGCCCUUGGGGUUUCCCAGUAAUCGGUUAUUUGCUUUUUAUGGGCAAUGAAAAGCAUACCAGAUUCAUGGAAUUGGCUAAGCAAUAUGGCUCACUUUUCUCCACACGUUUGGGCAAUCAAUUAACCGUCGUUAUGAGUGACUAUAAAAUGAUAAGAGAAUGUUUCAGACGUGAAGAAUUCACUGGACGUCCAGAUACACCCUUUAUGCAAACAUUGAAUGGAUUUGGUAUAAUUAAUAGCACCGGAAAAUUGUGGAAAGAUCAGAGACGUUUCUUGCAUGAGAAACUUCGUCAAUUUGGCAUGACUUAUAUGGGCAAUGGCAAACAUAUCAUGGAAAAGAGAAUAAUGACGGAAGUCCAUGAAUAUAUUCACAAUUUACGCGUAUCUGACGGUCAACCGAUGGACAUGGCACCAGCAAUAUCUGUAGCUGUUAGUAAUGUCAUCUGUAGUAUUAUGAUGUCUGUACGUUUUUCGAUUGAUGAUCCCAAAUUCAGACGUUUCAAUUUUUUGAUUGAAGAGGGUAUGCGCUUGUUUGGUGAAAUACAUACUGUCGAUUAUAUACCAACAGUCCAGUACUUUCCAUCAAUUUUGACGGCAAAAAAUAAAAUCGCCAAAAAUCGUGAAGAAAUGCAAAAAUUUUAUCAGGAUGUCAUCGAUGAUCAUAAGAAAACUUACGAUCCUAGUAAUGUACGUGAUUUGGUCGAUUUUUAUUUGGCAGAAAUUGAAAAAGCAAAAUCGGAAGGCAGAGAUGAAGAACUCUUCGAUGGCAAAAAUCAUGAGGAACAAAUUGUGCAAGUCAUCAUCGAUCUAUUCUCAGCUGGAAUGGAAACAAUUAAGACCACACUUUUAUGGAUAAAUGUAUUUAUGCUACGCAAUCCAGAAGUGAUGCGUCGCGUGCAAGACGAACUUGAUCAAGUUGUUGGCCGUCAUAGAUUGCCGUCAAUUGAGGACUUACAAUAUUUGCCAGUGACUGAAUCGACAAUUUUGGAAUCAAUGAGACGUUCAAGCAUUGUACCAUUAGCAACAACUCACUCGCCAACAAGAGAUGUUGAAGUGAAUGGUUAUAAAAUUCCUGCCGGUUCCCAUGUAAUACCACUCAUUAAUAGCGUACACAUGGAUCCAAAUUUGUGGGACAAACCAGAAGAAUUCAAUCCACGUCGCUUCUUAGAUUCUGAAGGUAAAGUACGCAAGCCCGAAUAUUUUAUACCAUUCGGUGUGGGACGUCGUAUGUGCUUGGGUGAUGUCUUAGCACGCAUGGAACUUUUCCUAUUUUUCGCUUCAUUUAUGCACUGCUUCAAUAUAACACUACCCGAAGGCCAACCAUUGCCCAGUUUGAAAGGUAAUGUUGGCGCUACAAUUACACCGGAAUCAUUCAAGGUGUGCUUGACGCCGCGUCCAUUGGUGUUGAAUAGCACUGUUGCAGAACCACAUCACAUGCGUAAUGUGGGCUCAAACUAAAUGUAAUACCCGCGUAUUUCAAUUCAGUUCAUCUUUCAUCGAAGCUUCGGAGAGUACAAGAAUGAAUAUAAAAGAAAUUGAAAAUGAAUAAAUAAUCAUUCACAACGAUAACCGAGAAAUUGCAAAAAUGAACUUGAAUUGAAUUGUUUGUGUAUACCAGAGCACGGUUUAGUUCCUAACCGACGAAAGUCACUAAAACCAACAAUACCACAACAGCUACGAAAGCAACUAUAAAAAAAGGUUAAUUUCUUUUUUUUUUUAAAAAAAAAAAUAAUUUUUAAAAAGAUUUCUUUUAAGAAUAGUCUAAUUGUUGUGAAAAAAUUUAGUUUCUUUAUAGCAGAAUAAGAGU